GGAGAAGCGUAAAGCAUUGCAGAGUAAAACGAUCCAACAUUUUUUUGCGUCCUUGGUUUCAUCUGCUCCUCCUUCGCUGAUUGUUCUCUGCGUUUCGUACUUAACUUCGUCCAAUGUCGAUUUUUGAGUAUAAUGGGAGUGCCCUUGUUGCAAUGGUGGGCAAGAACUGCUUUGCCAUUGCCGGUGAUCGGCGUCUUGGUGUGCAGCUUCAGACCAUUGCCACCGAUUUCCAGAGGAUUUCCAAGAUUCAUGACAAACUUUACAUCGGCCUUGCUGGGCUAGCCACAGAUGCACAAACUCUUUACCAGCGACUCGUCUUCCGUCACAAACUGUAUCAGCUUCGAGAAGAGAGGGAUAUGAAGCCAGAGACUUUUUCCAAUCUUGUUUCUGCUAUUCUAUACGAGAAAAGAUUUGGACCGUAUUUCUGCCAACCUGUGAUCGCUGGAUUGGGAGAUAAUGACAAGCCCUUUAUCUGCACAAUGGAUUCAAUUGGUGCAAAGGAGCUGGCCAAAGAUUUUGUUGUUGCUGGUACUGCAUCAGAGUCCCUCUAUGGUGCCUGUGAGUCAAUGUACAAGCCUGAUAUGGAACCAGAAGAACUAUUUGAGACCAUUUCUCAGGCACUGCUUGCCUCUGUGGAUCGUGACUGUCUGAGCGGAUGGGGUGGCCACGUCUUUGUUGUCACUUCAACAGAAGUUAUUGAGAGGACCCUGAAGGGAAGAAUGGACUGAUUUGGUUCUAUAAUGGGCACUAGUCAACCUUUCCAAGGUGAGCAUUGGAUUCACCCAGCCAAGUUUUCUUUAUGUGACUGUCUGGGAGGCCAUUCGAGCUCAGCAAUCAGACAUUAAAUUUGUAGUUUCAGCUGUCAAAGAAAACAAAAUUGAUUUCUUAUCUUUAAAUGACCAUUGAAGGAAGCAUGUUUUCUU